AUGCCUAACAUAAUCAAUGAAAUAAAAUUGGAUUUCAAAGACGUGCUUCUUAGGCCUAAAAGGUCGAUAAUAAAAAGCAGAAAUGAUGUGAAUUUAUACAGGAACAUAACAUUUAGAAAUUCAAAGCAAACUUACAAUGGAGUUCCUGUCAUGGCUUCAAAUAUGGACACUGUGGGCACCUUUAACAUGGCAAAAGCCUUAUCAAAGAACGGCCUAUUCACUUGCAUACACAAAUAUUACACGGUAGAGGAAUGGCGAAAAUUCGCCUCCGAUAAUCCGGAAUGCCUGAAAAACGUCGCAGUGAGCUCUGGCAUGUCCGACGCGGAUUUCGCGAGGUUAUCCGAAAUAUUAAAGGCCAUUCCAGACGUGAUGUUCGUCUGUCUGGAUGUAGCCAACGGAUAUUCCCAGCAUUUCGUGGAUUACGUUCGAAGAGUGAGGGCAGCUUUUCCCACCCAUACUAUCAUCGCCGGUAACGUCGUAACGGGAGAAAUGGUGGAAGAAUUAAUCCUAUCCGGAGCCGAUGUGAUCAAAGUCGGAAUCGGUCCGGGAUCCGUCUGCACGACUCGAAUGAAAACCGGAGUGGGCUAUCCUCAACUGUCAGCUGUCAUCGAAUGCGCAGACGCCGCUCACGGGCUACAGGGCCACAUUAUAUCCGACGGCGGUUGUACUUGUCCCGGCGACGUUGCCAAAGCGUUCGGGGCCGGCGCGGAUUUCGUAAUGGCCGGCGGCAUGUUCGCCGGUCACGACGAGUGCGACGGCGAAUUGAUCGAGAAAGACGGCAGGAAAUUCAAACUGUUCUACGGAAUGUCUUCGUCGACGGCCAUGGAGAAACACGCUGGCGGUGUUGCUGAAUACAGAUCGUCUGAGGGCAAGACUGUGGAGGUUCCUUAUAAGGGGGAUGUUCAAAAUACUGUUCAAGAUAUUCUCGGAGGUCUGCGGAGUGCUUGCACUUAUACGGGGGCCCAAAAGAUCAAGGAAUUGUCGCGGAGGGCUACGUUUAUUAGAUGUACACAGCAAUUGAAUAAUAUUUAUAGUUAA